AUGGACGGGUAUGUCAUUUUGGGUCACGCGCCUGAGCUGUAUCGGAAAGUCAACGGCGCGGCCGUGCGAGUCCGUGCGAUCAGCUUCACGGGCUUGAGGGGCAUCCGUGGCACCUUUCCCGCUAGCUGGGGUCGGCUGGCGCAACUGGAAGAACUAGACCUGAGUGGAACGGGGAUGGGGGGUGAGAUCCCCGAUGAGUGGAACGGAAUGAGCAGCCUGAGGACUAUUGUCAUCAGCGACACGAAGGCCUGCAGCGGUCUUCCCAAUUGGAAGGAGAAGUCCAUGCCUCAGCUGGUGUCAGUGGACUUCAGCAACAACGGAAUGAGAGGCCCACUUUCCCGUAAUUUCGGGACCUUCAGUGGCCGCGACAUGACCCUGGACAUCUCGGGUAACUCGUUCUGUGGUUGCGUGCCGCCUACAUGGGCAAGCAGCGUUCUCAGGGAUGCCGCAGCUGCUGCCGACCCUGUCCUGUUGCAGCCGAAUUGCGGCUCCAUUAACGCCUGCAACAGGAAAAUUUACCGGUGCAUGUACAACGACGCGGCUGCACUUGCGACUGGCUCGCCGCUGCUGGUACUGUUUAUCACCGUGGCGAUCUCGUUUGCGCUGGUGUGCGCAUCGGCAGUGUGA